GUGACGUCAUAUAGCAACAACACACAGCAUUUUCAUGGCGGCAUAGCUGUAUCAAUAACCAUAACAGCUAAAGCAGGUGUCAACAAUGGGUAAAAAGGUCAAAGAAGAUAAGAAACCUCCUCCAGAUGAUGUGUUUGAUGUGGUGGCCCUUGAAAGUCGUCAGGCUGGGACGGUGGUUCUGAUGCUGAACAGCCCAGAAGAGGAAGUUCAGGCCAAAGCUUGCGAGGCUAUUUACAAGUUUGUGGAGAAAUGUGACGAGAACAGGAAGCUGCUCCUAGAUUUGGGGGCCGGAGAUCCUUUGUUACAGCUGAUGCAGAGUGAGGACAGACUUGUCCGCAGGAAUGCCUGCAUGGCUAUGGGCUCAAUGACAGCUCAGCCUGAUGUACGGAAAUACCUGAGGAAAAAAGACAGAAGUAUCCCCAUCUUUAUUGCCUUGUUAGCACCAGAAGAAGACUCAGUAUGUCACGAGUUCUCAGCCCUGGGCCUGUCCAACAUGGCAACAGAAUUCAGUAGCAAGUCGGCAAUCUACGAAAAUGGUGGAAUAGAGCCACUGGUCAAAUGUCUUAACUCUAAUGAUCCAGACGUCCAGAAAAAUGGCAUUGAAGCUCUCGCACAGAUGAUGAUGGACUACCAGACACGAGCGUCCAUCAAGGAUGCAGAAGGGUUAGCUCCCAUGUUGGACCUCCUCAAGUCAGAUUUUCAAAUUGUCCAGAAACUUGCACUGCUGGCAUUGGACAGGGCAUCACAAGACGCUGAUAAUCGUGGAGCCCUAAGGGAGUUAGAGGCCAUGUCCAGACUGAUAGACUUUGUGGCCAAACCCGAGCUGAAUGACCUUCACGUAAUGGCUGUCAUGGUCCUGUCAAACCUUCUAGAGGAUUUGGAAAGCUUGGAGGAGGUAAAGGAGACUGGGGGACUUAAACGUCUGGUAGCCCUCAUCACGGACCAAACCCCACCCGAGGAGGAGCCCAAGGGUGGGAAGGGCGAGAAAAAGGCCGGCUCAAGAGCUGCAAAGAAGAGUGCCAAGGAUGGUAAAAAGGGUGGAUCAGAACCAGAAAAAGAUGAUACACCUCCAGGGGAAGCUAUCAUCCCCACCUUACCAGAUGUGAAGAUGAGUGCAGCCAAAGCCAUCGCUAGGUCAGCCAGGAAUUCUGAGAACAGAAAGAUCUUACAUGAACAGGAGGCGGAGAAGAUGUUGAUACACCUACUGGCCCACGAGUCUUCGGAGGUACAGACAGCGGCCGCACAGGCCCUAGCCGUCAUGUCGGAGAAUCUCAUGUCAAAGGAUUCCAUCAGAGAAUGGGAUGGUAUGCAGCCAUUAAUCAAACUACUCAACUCUGAUAAUGGAGAUGUAAAAGAGGGCGCAUCUCUGGCUCUGGCCAAUCUCACGACCUCCAACAGUACAAACUGUCAGGAAGUCAGUAAUUUUGGUGGUACAGAAACUUUGAUAAACUUGUUGACCGACCCGCGGGAGGAGGCAGUGGCUAAUGCAGCGUGUGUCCUCACCAACAUGGCCACUGAAGAAGCUCUGCGAGUGGAAGCCCAAGGAAAAGGGGUCGUCACCACCCUUAUAGAGGGCCUGAAGUCAAAAAACACAAUGGUCCAGGCGAAGACGUCGCUGUGUAUAGCCGCCUACGUGUGUGAUUCAGACUCGAGAGCAGAGUUCCGAAACGCAAGUGGAAUUGAACACCUAGUCAUCCUUUUACAUUCUGGGAACGAUGAAGUGCGGCGGAAUGCGUCAUGGGCUAUCACAGUGUGUGCCGUAGACGAACCUACGGCCACAGAAGUGUGUAAACUGGGAGGUAUGGAUAUCCUGCAAGAAAUCCAGGUGUCGGGCACCAGGAAGAAUCCAUUUGCGGAAGCAGCCUUGGAACGUCUCCUAGACAGCAAUCUGUCUGCCAAAUAUGCUCUGACAGGAAACCUUAGUUCAACAAACCUCACAGAGAACGGUUUCUAUGAUGCCGGCCAGCUGAGAUCCGGAAGCAAGUUCAUGACACUUGUGGAUUGCUGUAAACAAGAACUGAAUGACAAGCGUGCCAUUCUAUUGGUCAAUGCCAAACCAGCCCCGGCCGCGCAACAGUCCUUGACCCAACAGGAAGUAGAAGUCAAACAGGAGAGCUCCAAGACAAGUGUCUCCGGGAAGUCCUCUAGAACGGGACGUGAAUCUAAAGCUGCAUCACCUCCAUAUUCUGGGAAGAGUCGGUCCCAGCGAGACAAAGAGGAGAAACAACGCGAGGAAGAGAUGCAGGCACAGUUACUGAAGGAGGCUAUGUCACAGGGUGGCAGGGAUAGCAAGCCCUUCGAAUCUCCCUCGGACCCCACUCUACUCAAAUACAUGGAAGAGGUGAUUGAGAAAAUCCAGCCGAUACCCUCUCUCCACGAGCAGGUCAUCACUCUGGCAAGGUUUGUAGCAGACAAGAUGGGAGGCCCUAUAGAGAAGGGACAACUCACAAAUUUCAGCUGGGAACUACCAAUUGGUCAGAUUAAAUUUGAGCUGAAAUCCAACGUUGUCCCUAUUGGCAAGAUCAAGACUGGUAUACACAUCCACCGAGCUCUGCUCUUCAAGACCCUAGCCGACCAGAUUGCUGUUCCCUGUACACUGACCAGAGGAGAGUACAAUCGAGCCUGGAACGAGAUCAUGCUGCCCGAUAGUGACCCAACACCGGGUGCCCCGAAGUUUCCGCCACUAGCUUACAUAGUAGAUCUGAUACACGAUCCUGGACAUCUAAUGAAAUCUGAUUCUCCGGAGGCCAUCACGUACAGAAAGUUAUAGUGGACAAAGUAAACAAUAAUGUAAACAAACAUGGGACAUCGGUCAUUGUAAACAUCAACAUUCAUACAAUGAAACACCUGAGUCCUUGGAGAACGACAUCUUUUUUUCCAAGAAGACAGUUUUAGCAGCAAUAUCUGUGAUACAAUAAUGUACAUAAUUCACACUUGAAUUAUCUGACUAUAUCUGCUGAAAUUAAGCUAUAUUGUUGAAUCAACAGGCACAUUAAA